AUGGAGCAAACGAAAGCUCUGAAUGCCCUCGAGCCCUUCCUGGCUCUUAGCAAAUCAGCCACAUCCCCCCGCGCGGCAGCCGACCUGAUCGUGCGGGCAACCUCAGCCCCAAAUACAUACAUCUUCACCGAGCUCCUGCAGACCCCGCAAGUCCAGGCUCUCGGCUCGUCGGACGAGUUUGCGCCGUACCUCACCCUGCUCGAGAUCUUCAGCCAUGGCACUUACUCCACGUACACAUCCACCACGGGCCUGCCAGAACUGAACGAUGCUCAGCGCCUGAAGCUCCGCCAGCUAUCGCUCUUGACCCUCGUAAAGAAGGGUAGCGACAGCGACAAUGCCGGUUCACCACGUCUCGACUACGCCUCGCUGCAGAAGGCCCUUGACCUGCCGAGCCGCCAGGCCCUUGAGGAACUAGUCAUCAGCGCCAUCUACGCCGGACUGCUGAAGGCACAGCUCAACCCCAAGACCUCGCUCGUACAGAUCAACAGCGUAGCGCCCCUGCGCGACGUCGCGCCUACCGCCAUCGGCAGCCUUCUGUCUUCGCUACAAGCGUGGGCCGGACGGUGCGACGCGACUCUCCAAUCUCUCUCGUGCCAGAUGAACCAACUCCGAGCCGACGCCGACCGCCGCGCAGCCAAGGCAGCCGCCCGUGCAGAGGAGACACGGAAGCUGGUGGAAAACGAAGAGAAGGGUGGGCAAGUCCCUUCGUCUAUACCACCUAUUACCAUGUCCCACCCUGAUUCUAUUGGUGCCGCCACCGCCACGGUCGCCUCCACAGGCAUACCCUUCUUCCGUCACCUUACCGCUUCUAUCAAUAAUCCAUCCUGCCCAUCAUCCGGCAACGGCGGUGGCGGAAACACAUACAACAUUCCCUGGCACGAGAUGAGCAGCAUGCUGACUGUUGGCGGCAGCAGCAGCGGUUUCGUCGCACAACCCGGGAUCCCAAGCGCAAGCGGCACAGGGGCCGCCGGUAGGGCGACGGACGUCGAAGUGAGGUCUGCUGUCAAGCGAGGCAACGGGCAAAUAGACGACGGCGAUACGGAUGAAGACGCUAUGAGUACGGAUAACGAAGAUGACGAGGCGAGUGGAAAGGGAAGGGUGAGUCGGCGGAAAUUAGGGGAUUAAGGGGGGUGACGAGAACAUGGGACUCGGCGUUGCAUGGUCGGCGAAGGUGCCGAACGGGGCUAAGCCACCUGUCGUAGUACUGCGCCUGACAAACUUGAAUGAUGGAAGUUAUGAAUCCUCUGCACUAAUUUGAGUGAACUAAACGCAGUGCAAUCGGAUGGAACUAAGCUUUUAACUAGUAAAACGCCCACCAUGCUGGGUGGUUUGAUAUCUUACAUCGGCGGCGACUUGUAAUGGGGAAAUCAGAAAGCUAAAAUAGCAUCGAGCAAGUAGGGAGCUGUGGCUUGUG